CUUUACUAAGGGCAGCGUGGGUGGGGCGCCUGGCACUCAGGCUGACGCAACCUCAAGGAGCAGACACCUGAGAUCUCCACACCAGAGAUUUCCACGAUGACAGCUAACACCGCUUCUUCACUCAGGCCUUCCACCGGUGGACCCCGCUGAGGCCACACUCCGGAGGCUGCGGGAGGCUUUCAACACAGGGCGGACUAAGCCUGCUGAGUUCCGGACAUCACAGCUGCAGAGACUGGGCCAAUUCUUGAAGGACAACAAGCAGCUGCUGCAGGAUGCACUGGCCAAGGACGUGGGCAAGUCAGCCUUCGAGUCAGACAUGAGUGAGAUCAUCCUGUGCCAGAAUGAGGUGGACCUGGCCCUCAAGAACCUGCAGACCUGGAUGAAGGAUGAGUCUGUGUCCACCAACUUGCUCACGAAACUGAGCUCAGCCUUCAUCCGGAAGGAGCCCUUUGGCCUGGUGCUUAUCGUGGCACCCUGGAAUUACCCUUUGAACUUGAUGAUCAUGCCCCUAGUGGGGGCCAUUGCUGCAGGGAACUGCGUGGUACUGAAGCCCUCGGAGAUAAGCAAGAACACAGAGAAGGCGCUGGCCGAGCUGCUGCCCCAGUAUCUGGACCAGAGCUGCUUUGCUGUGGUGCUGGGUGGGCCCGAGGAGACCGGGCAGCUGCUGAAACAUAAAUUUGACUAUAUCUUCUUCACGGGAAGCCCUCAAGUAGGCAAGAUCGUGAUGGCCGCUGCUGCCAAACACCUGACGCCCAUCACCCUGGAGCUGGGGGGUAAGAACCCCUGCUAUGUGGAUGACGACUGUGACCCUCAGACCGUGGCCAACCGUGUGGCCUGGUUCCGCUACUUCAAUGCUGGCCAGACCUGUGUGGCCCCCGAUUACAUCCUGUGUAGCCAGGAGAUGCAGGAGCGGCUGGUGCCGGCCCUGCAGAAUGCCAUCACACGUUUCUAUGGAGACAACCCACAGACCUCGCCUAGUCUGGGCAGAAUCAUCAACCAGAAACAUUUCAAGCGUCUCCAGGGACUGCUGGGCUGUGGCCGCGUGGCCAUUGGUGGCCAGAGCGAUGAGGGAGAACGCUACAUUGCACCCACAGUGCUGGUAGACGUGCAGGAGACGGAGCCUGUGAUGCAGGAGGAGAUCUUCGGGCCCAUCCUGCCUGUGGUGACCGUGAAAAGCCUGGAUGAGGCCAUCGACUUCAUUAACAAGAGGGAGAAGCCGCUGGCACUGUAUGCCUAUUCCAACAGCAGCCAGGUGGUGAACCAGAUGUUGGAACGUACCAGCAGUGGCGGCUUUGGAGGCAACGAUGGUUUUCUCUACCUGACUCUACCCGCCCUGCCCCUGGGGGGCGUUGGUAACAGCGGGAUGGGCAGGUACCACGGCAAGUUCUCCUUCGACACCUUCUCCCACCAGCGUGCCUGUCUGCUGCGCAGCCCGGGGAUGGAAAAGCUUAAUGACCUCCGAUACCCUCCUUAUGGCCCCUGGAACCAGCAGCUGAUAAGCUGGGCCAUGGGCUCCCAGAGCUGCACCCUCCUAUGAGCACCACCCUGACUCCCCCCUGCUGCCCAGCCCCCGACCUACCUGAGCUUUCAGCUGCUCCCACAUCCCCAGUGGUUCCCGAAAGGCAGGUGUCUGCCUGUGAACACCCCGCUUCUGGAACUUUUUCUGAACAGACCUGCAGCCAAGCAGGACCUCCAGGUGGCUGGUCCAAUCCCCUCCCAGAGCACAGCCCCCCUCAGCAGCCUCCUGACCCUCUGUUUAGACAGGUCUGCUGACAGAGGAGCCCCCUCCCCAAGGCUGGGCAGAUCUGGUGACUGAGGAGGACUUCCUUUAUCAGAUCAUAGACAGGGUCCCAAAAGACAGAGCAGUGGCUCAUGGCUCCAUCCACACCUGCAGGGUGGCUUUGUCCCAUCUGAAGUGACAUGAUCUUGAACCCAGGUCAGAUUAAUUGGUGAAUCUGUCUGAAGUGUGUUCAUUAGUUACUUUUCUGUUACUUCUAUCAAAAGACAAGUUCAAGGGGGAAGAUUCUCAUGUAGUUCAUGGCUUCAGGAGGUUCUAUCACCAUGACUCAGCAGACAUGACAGAAUACAGUUCAGCUCAUGGGAUGGCAGGCCAGGAAGCAUCAUGAAUAAGAAGGAAAGCAUGGUUGAUUAGUCAUGUCUGCUCUGGCCCAGGGAGGGCUGUGUGUAUGUGUUGGCUACAUCUCUACUCCUAGAAAGAGGUAGUGAGAGGUAGAAUAUGAAAUUGGAGACUUGGGGCUAAAGAGAUAGCUCUGUGGUUAAGAGUACUGACUGUUCUUCCAGAGGACUGGGAUCAGACCCCAGAGCCCACAUCACAGCUCACAACCAUCUGUAACUCCAGUUUAAGAGGAUCCAACACCCUCUUCUGGCCUUAGCAGGUACCAGGCACACAUACGAUGCCCAGACAUACUCACAGGCAAAACACUCAUACAUGGAAAAUACAAUUUAAAAAUAGAGGCUUGGAACCAGGUGUGGUGGUGCAGGACUUUAAUCCCAGCACUUGGGAGGCAGAGACAGGCCUUUGUAAUCUUUAUGCUCUUUGUAAUUUUAGCCUGGGCUACAUAGUGAGUUCCAGGACAGUCAGGGGCAUGUAGAGACCCUAUCUCAAAAAACAAACAAAAAGCUGGAGACUUCAUCUGAACAUGGGAAACUGAGGUCUUGAGUCAAGGCAGGGUUGUACUGAGUUCACAGAGGAAAGCAGGGCUCGAGCUGAGAGACAGUGGGCUUUGUUGAGGAUCACGGGGCUGGAGGCUGGGUAGACAGCAUGCCUGGCCCUGGAAUUGGUUCCUUGUUCUUCCCCAAUCCCCCAUCCCUACCCCUGACUCCAGAGCCACUUUCAAUCCCCAGCCUUGGCUUGCUGGGCUCCUCAUCCUUAGAGUCACAGGAAAUCUGAGCCAGUGGCCUGAGGUUGAGAAAUUAAAAGAAGUAU